UAUGACGGCGGCUGCUGCAGCAGAGUAGGUAAGAGGUGUGGCCAUCGUCUUUAGAGGCAGUAGUGGGUGGCGACUCAAAUAAGCCAUGGCCGCAGUAGUAGUGGAGGCACAGAGGCAGAGGGCGGGGGAGAUGCCUACGUGGGAGGCCGCAUGGGUGGCCACUGACAAGGUCGUGAUUGUGCUGUCGAAGCAAUGGGGCGGAGGUGGCUUGAAGGCGGGCGGCUCGGAGCGACAGCAGAAAGCAGAUCGCCCAGUCCGUCGGGGCGAGUUUGGCGGAGGCGGCUGCUCGACGGUGGAGCGACGGGGAGGCGCGCCGGCGAUGACCACAAGGCGGCCCAAGGCGAGGCGAGGCCGGCGACCCGGGACAACCAUAGCAGAAGUGGCGGCUUGACAGCGGAGUAAUGCAGAGGCGAAACGUCGAGGCGGCAGCAGGUGCAGAGGCGCCGGUGGCGGCCGGCAGCAGGACCACAAAGACAACGGGUCGAUGGUGGCCGGCUUGUGGGCGAGGCCACGGUCGUAGGGGCGGAGGUCGUGACCGGUUCUGUUUCCUUAGUAGUACUAGUCCAUGGUUGAUAAUAUCCUCUUGUUUCCAUCAGGUGAUGAGUAGUAGUAGCAGUGACUUUGUCCGAUCUCCCCAUAACUAGCUUUAUCAUCUCGGAACUUGAGCACACAACUAGCCUCGCCUUGGUUUCUAAUGAUAGCUCAAUAGAAAUCGAUCUGGAUUCGACGGAUCAUCUAGUUGCGGCGGCGCGCUCCACGCAAACCUAAUAUUUCUUUAAUUCAAAACCUUGUACGGG